CCCGGGAGAGCUGGCGGUGGUUGGUUGGGUUUCUUCUGCCCGCGCGGAGCAUCACUUGCGCUCUACGGCUAGCCCAGAGCUGUCGCGCAGCGGGGAUUUCCUCUCCUCCCGGCACCCGCUGACGCCCCUGCAAGCCGUGGCCGGAGCCAGGGCACCUUCCCCUUUGCGCCCCACAGUCCUGCGCUGCGGCGCUCCUUCCACCUCCGCGCCUUCUUCGCGGGGCAGGCCCAGGGAGAAAGAACCGGCGCCCAAGUCCUGGGCACCGCGCCCGGCGCGAGGUGCGGGAUGGAGAGCAAGGCGCUGCUGGCCAUCGCUCUGUGGCUCUGCGUGGAGACCAGGGCUGCCUCAGUGGGUUUGCCUAGUGUUUCCCUUGAUCCACCCAGACUCAGCAUACAAAAAGACAUACUUAAAAUUAUGGCUAAUACAACUCUUCAGAUUACUUGCAGGGGACAGAGGGACUUGGACUGGCUCUGGCCCAAUAAUCAGAGUGGCUCUGAGAAAAGAGUGGAGGUGACCGAGUGCAGGGACAGCCUCUUCUGUAAGAUGCUCAUGAUUCCAAAAGUGAUUGGAAAUGAUACUGGAGCCUACAAGUGCUUCUACCGGGACACUGAAAUGGCCUCGGUCAUUUAUGUCUACGUUCAAGAUUACAGAUCUCCAUUUAUUGCUUCUGUUAGUGACCAACAUGAAGUUGUGUACAUCACUGAGAAGAAAAACAAAACUGUGGUGAUUCCAUGUCUUGGAUCCGUUUCCAACCUCAAUGUGUCACUUUGUGCAAGGUAUCCAGAAAAGAGGUUUGUUCCUGAUGGUAACAGAAUUUCCUGGGACAGUAAGAAAGGCUUCACUAUCCCCAGCUACAUGAUCAGCUAUGCUGGCAUGGUCUUCUGUGAAGCAAAAAUUAAUGAUGAAAGUUACCAGUCUAUUUUGUACAUAGUUGUGGUUGUAGGGUACAAGAUUUACGAUGUGGUUGUCAGCCCCCCUCUCGAAGUUGAGCUGUCUGUUGGAGAGAGGCUUGUCUUAAAUUGUACAGCAAGGACUGAACUAAAUGUGGGGAUUGACUUCAACUGGGAAUAUCCUUCUUUGAAGGUAACACUAACAAUUCAAAGCCAGACCUCUCAAUACUUUGAUAAUAAGCUCCAAUGGAAUUGGCUUAAGAGACAGGGACCUCUCAGGGCGCCCGUGUGGCUCAGUCGUUAA